AUGCUAAAUUCAAAAGAAGAUAUAACCACUUACAAGUCAAUCCCAAAAAGAUCCCGAACACAAGUGUUCCAGCCUAUAGCUCUUGAUUUAGAGAUCGAGCAUUCUGAUCUGUCUUCUUCAGAUUUAGACUCAAGCCCAACUACACCCGACAAGGCUCAAAAACAACUAUUCCCAACACAAAAUAAUAAAUCCCAUGAGCCUAAUAGUCAGCUUGCAUUUCCUCAAGAAUCCUUAAAAGUAACAAGAUGAGAAGACGUCGAUUUAAUCCAUACAGCUAAAAAUACCAAUGAAAUUGAUUUACCAGAACUUUAUUUCAGCCGACAUUAUGAUCCUAAAAAUGAAGAUACUGCAGCUUCUCUGAUAGGUGAAAGCUCAAAGUGAGUAAUUGAUGUAGAUUUCCCACAAAUGAUUAAAUCAGGAUGAAUAGGAUGAAAAUCUUAUUAUCUUUAUACAAUCACUAGCCAAUUGCUUGGAGAAGUUUUCAAAGUGAAAAGAAGAUUUAGGCAUCUAGAGUGGCUGAGGAAUAUUCUUUUAAAGACUUAUCCAGGAAUCAAUAUUCCACCGCUUCCAGAAAAACAGGUUUUUGGAAAUACUACGUCAAAUUUUUUGGAAAAAAGAAGAGAAAAUAUGAAAAAAUAUUUGAUUAUUUUGGCAAAACAUCCGGUUUUAAUGAAUUCUGAAGCUUUUAAGCUGUUUUUGAAAUGUAAAGAUGAAAAUUUUUCGAGUGAGUCGCAGAGAUUGGAAGAUUCAAGCCAUGUAUAUCAUUUUGAUUUUUUGAAUUUGCAGGAUACAAUAGAUAAAAUUAAGACAAAAUUUGAAAAUUUGUUUACAAGCAAAAUAACACCAGUCAGUCAGGAUCUUGUAAAUAUUGAUAGGGAGCUUAAUUAUAUUGAGCCAUAUAUAAAAGACUUAGAUUUUGCAUUUGGAGGGUGGAUUAAAGCUCAAAAUGAUUCACAAAAAAAUUUUGAAGCUUUUAAUUUUAAUGAAAACCCAAGGUUUAACCAAAUUCUGGAAGAGUCUCAUAGUUUUCAAGUAAAUUUUUUUGCAAAAUUAAACAACUUGUCCUUAGAAAUAAAAGAGGAACAAAUGAAAAUUAUUGGAAUGCAAACAGCAUUAGAUUGGUGGAGAAAAAUUAAUUUUAUAUUUCCUUUCAAAAGAUUUUAUUAUAAAUAAUACUAAUAUAUAGAAUUUAUUUAUAACGAUAUAUUCGAGAAAGAUAAAUUUUAAUAAUUAAUUUAUUAAGUUAAUAUAUUUUUUUUUUAAAAAAAAUAGUGAGCCACAUUAGACAGCUAUAAAUCUUUAUUAAAAGAUUAUUCUGAGGUUGAAAGCUUAAUUAUGAAAAAAAUUGAAAGAAGUGCCACAGAUGAAGAUUCUUCAGGAAGAUAUAUCAAAGAAAUAGAAGAGCUAAAAAUACAAACUAAUGAAAUGGCUGAGCGCUUAGGAAAAAUCGAAAAUACUAUUAAAAACGAAUUUGUUUGGUAUGGUAAAGAAAGAGAAGUCCAUUUUCAAGAUUCUUUGAUUGGCAUAAUAGAGUCCCAAAGAAAAAGAUACAAAACUGAAAGUGAUUUUUGACUAGAGAAAAAGCAUCAAGUUCUUAAAUGGUAA